AUAUUCAAUGAUUUAUACGAAUCAAUUCAGUUAAAGUGUGGGCUUUCAUACAAGCCAGAUACUAGAAUACAAGCUCUCAUACAAGCCAGAUAACUAAACAAUAUAUAGUAGAUAUAGUAAUGAUCCAAACGGUAUAACAUUAAAUAUUAAACUUCUCCAUCUACAAAGAUUUUGACCUCAAGACUACAAAAUGAUUACAACAUUAACUCAAAUCUCAGAGGAAUCCCAACCAUUAGUGCCUGAUCCUGUAAGCAAAACAGUCUUGAUGCUCCCGAAAUGUAACGACAAUGAACUACCACUCGACACAAAUGGCAAUAUCAGUAAAUCAGAACCCACAGUAGAAAAAAUAGAAGAAACCAAGGAAAUUAGUGAUAUUAGCGAUAUUAGCGAUGUAGAAGAUAAUGUAGAAAAUAAUAAUAAUGUAGAAAAUAUCAAAGAUAAUGCAGAAAGUAUUAAAAACGAGAAACCGCUGCCUCACUAUGAGAAGUACAAAUUUCUUUUUUGGGAGUUCGAAACACCAGUCAUUUGGGUUAGCGUCUUUUUCAUUACAUUGUGGCAUGUAUUGUCUGUCUACAUGUGUUGCACUUUUCCAUUAUUUGAUAAGAUACCCCUGGUAAUAUAUGCCACGAUUAUAGGAGGAAUUUCAGGAUUUGGCGUAACAGGUGGUGCCCACAGAUACUUCACACACAAGUCAUAUAAGGCGAGGUUGCCAUUAAAGAUCAUUCUACUAAUUUGUUACAGCGUUGCUGGUCAAAACACGCUAUACGACUGGGUACGCGACCACAGAGUCCAUCACAAAUUUAGCGAAACCGACGCAGAUCCACACAACGCCAAGCGAGGCUUCUUUUUUUCACACGUAGGAUGGCUCAUGAUGAGAAAACAUCCAGAAGUUAUUAGAAAAGGGCGGAUGAUAAAUCUAACUGACAUUACUGGAGAUCCCUUGGUCGCUUUUCAUGUGAAGUACUGGUUUUGGUUCAAACUGUUCUUUUGCUUUGUUAUUCCCUCGUCUAUUCCUCCACUGCUAUGGGGAGAAAGUUGGUACCACAGUAUAUGUGCAAUAUGUUUUGUAAGAUAUGUAAUUUCUUUAAAUUCUACAUGGGCAGUCAACAGUUUUGCCCAUUUCUUUGGGAACAAACCUUACGACAACUACAUCCGCCCAGCAGAAAACCUCACUGUAUCAUUUUUCGCUAUGGGCGAAGGAUACCACAAUUACCACCACACAUUCCCUUGGGACUAUCGGGCAGCAGAAGUAGGUCAGAUGUUAAACGUUACCACCUUAUGGUUAAACUUCUUCGAAAAAAUCGGCUGGGCAUAUGAGCUCAGAGCUCCAUCCAGUGAUCUAAUCCAGAGAAUAACUAGGAACCGAGGAGAUGGUUCCCACGAAAAGUGGGGUCACGAAGUUCCAGACACAUACAGUUGUCCAGUUGCCACAGAGGUGCGAAAGGAGCAAUAAAUUAAUAUUUAAUAUUGUUGGGAUAAAUUGUUGUAUGGUUGGUCCGGUAGUUUUAAAAAUAAAUGUUAAGAUAACUAUUUUAAUAAAUCAGUUAUGUCCAUUACACUACCUAAAGUUCUAACCUAUAAGUACAUUUAUGUAAAUCUUUUUAAUUAUUGUGUACAAAAUAUAUUUUUUGUCAUGUUAA